ACCCAGGUAGGGACCAUGUCUCCAGCCAUCGCGCUAGCCUUCCUGCCACUGGUGGUUACAUUGCUGGUGCGGUACCGGCACCAUUUCCGACUUCUGGUGCGCAGCGUCUUACUGCGGAGCCUUCGAGACUGUCUGUCAGAGCUGCGGAUUGAGGAGCGGGCCUUCAGCUAUGUGCUCACCCAUGCCCUGCCCGGGGACCCUGGUCACAUCCUUACCACCCUGGACCACUGGAGUAGCCACUGCGAGUACCUGAGCCACAUGGGGCCUGUCAAAGGUCAGAUCCUGAUGCGGCUGGUGGAAGAGAAGGCCCCUGCUUGUGUGCUGGAGCUGGGCACCUACUGUGCAUACUCCACACUGCUGAUUGCCCGUGCCCUGCCUGCUGGGAGUCGCCUUCUCACUAUAGAGCAGGACCCACGUACAGCAGUGGUGGCGGAAAAACUCAUUCGCCUGGCUGGCUUCGACGAGCGCACGGUAGAGCUCAUCGUGGGUAGCUCAGAGGAGGUGAUCCCACGCCUACGAACCCAGUACCAGCUGAGUCGGGCAGAUUUGGUGCUUCUGGCACACCGGCCCCGAUGCUACCUGCGGGAUCUGCAGCUGCUGGAAGCUCAUGCUCUGAUGCCAGCUGGUGCCACUGUGUUGGCUGACCACGUGCUCUUCCCUGGUGCACCCCGCUUCCUGCAAUAUGCCAAGAGCUGUGGCCGCUACCGCUGCCGCCUCCACCAUACUGGCCUCCCGGACUUCCCUGCCAUCAAGGACGGCAUAGCCCAGCUCACCUACGCAGGGCCUGGCUGA